AUGGAGGUCCCCGGCGGCAGCGAUCGCGGCGGCGGCGGCGGCGGCGAUGGGGCUGAGCACGGUGCCCCCCCGGACCCCCGGGCCCCCGGCGCCGCGGCGCCCGGCUCCGGUCCGUGCGCGGCCGCCCGGGAGUCGGAGCGCCAGCUGCGCCUCCGCCUGUGCGUCCUCAACGAGAUCCUGGGCACCGAGCGGGACUACGUGGGCACCUUGCGCUUCUUGCAGUCGGCCUUUCUGCAUCGCAUCCGGCAGAACGUGAUGGACUCGGCGGAGAAGGGCCUCACGGAGGAGAAUGUCAAGAUCCUGUUCUCGAACAUCGAAGACAUUCUGGAAGUUCAUAAGGAUUUCUUGGCUGCCUUGGAGUACUGUUUACAUCCGGAGCCUCAGUCUCAGCAUGAACUUGGGAACGUUUUCUUAAGAUUCAAGGACAAGUUCUGCGUGUAUGAGGAAUAUUGCAGCAACCACGAGAAGGCCCUGCGGCUGCUUGUGGAACUGAACAAGAUCCCCACCGUGCGUGCCUUCCUCUUGAGCUGCAUGCUGCUGGGCGGCCGGAAGACCACGGACAUCCCUCUGGAGGGCUACCUGCUGUCUCCGAUUCAGAGGAUCUGCAAGUACCCUCUCCUCCUCAAGGAGCUCGCCAAGAGGACGCCCGGAAAGCACCCGGACCACACUGCGGUCCAGAGCGCCCUGCAGGCCAUGAAGACCGUGUGCUCCAACAUCAACGAGACCAAGAGGCAGAUGGAGAAGCUGGAGGCGCUGGAGCAGCUGCAGUCUCACAUCGAAGGCUGGGAGGGGUCCAACCUCACAGACAUCUGCACCCAGCUCCUCCUGCAGGGGACUUUGUUAAAAAUCUCCGCGGGCAACAUCCAGGAGAGGGCCUUCUUCCUGUUUGACAACCUCCUGGUCUAUUGCAAGCGGAAAUCCAGGGUCACCGGGAGCAAGAAAUCCACCAAGAGGACCAAAUCCAUCAACGGCUCCCUCUACAUCUUCAGGGGCCGAAUCAACACGGAAGUCAUGGAGGUGGAGAACGUGGAAGACGGGACAGCGGAUUACCACAGCAAUGGCUACACGGUCACCAACGGCUGGAAGAUCCACAACACGGCCAAGAACAAGUGGUUUGUCUGCAUGGCCAAGACGGCGGAGGAGAAGCAGAAGUGGCUGGAUGCCAUCAUCCGAGAGCGGGAGCAGCGGGAGAGCCUGAAGCUGGGCAUGGAGCGGGAUGCCUAUGUCAUGAUUGCAGAGAAGGGGGAGAAGCUUUACCACAUGAUGAUGAAUAAGAAGGUGAACCUGAUCAAGGACCGUCGGAGAAAGCUGAGCACCGUCCCCAAGUGCUUCCUUGGCAAUGAGUUUGUUGCCUGGCUCCUGGAAAUUGGUGAAAUCAGCAAAACUGAAGAAGGAGUCAACUUGGGCCAAGCCUUGUUGGAGAAUGGUAUUAUCCACCAUGUCUCCGACAAGCACCAGUUCAAGAACGAGCAGGUGAUGUACCGCUUCCGCUACGACGACGGCACGUACAAGGCCCGGAGUGAGCUGGAGGACAUCAUGUCCAAGGGUGUAAGGCUUUACUGCCGUCUCCACAGCCUCUAUACCCCUGUGAUCAAAGACCGGGAUUACCACCUGAAGACGUACAAGUCCGUGCUGCCCGGGAGCAAGCUGGUGGACUGGCUGCUGGCUCAGGGCGAUUGCCAGACGCGGGAGGAAGCAGUGGCGCUCGGCGUGGGCCUGUGCAACAAUGGCUUCAUGCACCACGUGCUGGAGAAGAGCGAGUUCAAGGAUGAGUCGCAGUACUUCCGCUUCCACGCCGACGAGGAGAUGGAGGGGACCAGCAGCAAGAACAAGCAGCUUCGCAACGACUUCAAACUGGUGGAGAACAUUCUGGCCAAGCGCCUGCUGAUCCUGCCCCAGGAGGAAGACUACGGCUUCGACAUCGAGGAGAGGAACAAGGCUGUGGUGGUGAAGUCGGUCCAGAGGGGCUCACUGGCCGAGAUGGCCGGCCUGCAGGUGGGGAGGAAGAUCUAUUCCAUCAACGAGGACCUGGUGUUCCUGCGGCCCUUCGCAGAGGUGGAGUCCAUCCUCAACCAGUCCUUCUGCUCCCGCCGCCCCGUGCGCCUCCUGGUGGCCACCAAGGCCAAAGAGAUCGUCAAAGUCCCGGACCAUCCGGAGGCUUUGUGCUUCCAGAUCCGAGGAGCUGCCCCGUCCUACGUCUAUGCUGUCGGGAAAGGGUCCGAGGCUGCGGCCGCGGGGCUCUGCGCUGGCCAGUGUAUCCUGAAGGUCAAUGGCAACAACGUGAUGAACGAUAGCGCCCCAGAGGUCCUGGAGCACUUCCAGGCGUUCCGGACCCGCCGGGAAGAGGCCCUGGGUCUGUACCAGUGGAUCUACCACACACACGAGGAUGCUCAGGAGGCCCGAGCCAGCCAGGAGACCCCAGGCGAGGACCCCGGUGAUGAAGGGGCCCGGGAGGAAGACCAGCCCGACUCAGCCUUCCCUCUGCUGUCCAUGGGGGCCCAGCUGAGCCUGCAGGAGGACAGCCCCGUGGUGAGCCUGAACGUGGACAACGUGCACCUGGAGCACGGCGUGGUGUACGAGUACGUGAGCACCGCGGGCAUCAAGUGCCACGUGCUGGAGAAGAUCGUGGAGCCCCGCGGCUGCUUCGGCCUCACCGCCAAGAUCCUUGAGGCCUUUGCUGCCGAUGACAGUGUGUUCGUGCAGAACUGUGGGCGGCUCAUGGCCCUGAGCAACAACAUCAGGACCAUGUCCCAUUUCGAGUUUCGUCACAUCUGCGACAUCAAGCUGGAGAGCAUUGGCCAGAGAAUUGCCUGCUAUCAGGAGUUUGCAGCCCAGCUGAAGAGCAGGAUCAGCCCACCCUUCAAACAAGCACCCCUGGAGCCCCACUCGCUGUGUGGCCUGGACUUCUGCCCCACCAACUGCCACAUCAACGUCAUGGAGGUGUCCUACCCCAAGACCACGCCCUCCAUCGGCCGGUCCUUCAGCAUCCGCUUUGGUCGCAAGCCCUCCCUCAUUGGCCUCGACCCAGAGCAAGGCCACCUGAACCCUAUGUCCUACACCCAGCACUGCAUCACCACCAUGGCUGCCCCCUCCUGGAAGUGCCUGCCCGCUAUUGAUGGGGACCCUCAAUGCCAAAGUCCCCGUGACAGCGGCUUUGGACCAGCCAAUGGGGCCCUGGGCCCAGAGGACCGGGGUCUGAGCUUUCUCCUCAAGCAGGAGGAUCGGGAGAUCCAGGACGCCUACCUGCAGCUCUUCACCAAACUGGAUGUAGCCCUGAAGGAGAUGAAACAGUAUGUCACCCAGAUCAACAGGCUGCUGUCCACCAUCACGGAGCCCACCUCGGAGGGGUCCUGCCACCCGCCCUUGGCUGAGGAGACCUCGUCCUCCCCACUGGUCAACGAAGAGAGCGAGAUGGACAGGACCGACCACGGGGGCAUCAAGAAAGUGUGUUUCAAGGUGUCUGAGGAGGAUCAGGAGGACUCCGGUCAUGACACCAUGAGCUACCGUGACUCCUACAGCGAGUGUAACAGUAACCGGGACUCCGUCCUGUCCUACACCAGCGUGAGAAGCAACAGCUCCUACCUGGGCAGCGACGAGAUGGGGUCUGGGGACGAGCUGCCCUGUGACAUGCGGAUUCCAUCAGACAAGCAGGACAAGCUUCACGGCUGCCUGGAGCAUCUCUUCAACCAGGUGGACUCCAUCCAUGCACUCCUCAAGGGGCCAGUCAUGAGCAGGGCUUUCGAAGAGACCAAGCAUUUCCCUAUGGACCACUGCUUGCAAGAGUUCAAACAGAAAGAAGAGGGUACAAUUCGUGGCCGGAGCUUGAUCCAGAUCAGCAUCCAGGAGGACCCCUGGAACCUCCCCAACUCCAUCAAGACCCUCGUGGACAACAUUCAGAAAUACGUGGAAGAUGGGAAGAAUCAGCUGUUGCUGGCCUUGCUGAAAUGCACAGACACCGAGCUGCAGCUGCGGAGGGACACCAUCUUCUGCCAGGCCCUGGUGGCCGCCGUGUGCACCUUCUCCGAGCAGCUCCUGGCGGCGCUCAGCUACCGCUACAACAACAACGGCGAGUACGAGGAGAGCAGCCGGGACGCCAGCCGCAAGUGGUUGGAGCAGGUGGCAGCCACCGGUGUCCUCCUGCACUGCCAGUCCCUGCUGUCGCCAGCCACCGUGAGGGAGGAGCGCACCAUGCUGGAGGACCUCUGGGUGACCCUGUCGGAGCUGGACACCGUCUCCUUCUCCUUCAAGCAGCUGGAUGAGAACUACGUGGCCAACACCAAUGUCUUCUACCACAUUGAGGGCAGCCGGCAGGCGCUGAAGGUCAUCUUCUACCUCGACAGCUACCACUUCUCCAAGCUGCCCUCCCGCCUGGAGAGCGGGGGCAGCCUGAGGCUGCACACCGUGCUCUUCACGAAAGCCUUGGAGAACCCAGAGGGGCCUCCCCCUCCGGGCAGCCAGAUGGCGGAAGACUUGCAACAGGAGAUCAACACCCAGUCCCUGGAGAAGGUUCAGCAGUAUUACCGCAAACUCAGGGCAUUUUACCUGGAGCGGUCGAACCUGCCCACAGAUGCCAGCACCACGGCGGUGAAGAUAGACCAGCUGAUUCGUCCCAUCAACGCCCUGGAUGAGCUCUGUCGUCUCAUGAAGUCCUUGGUCCACCCCAAACCUGGUGCCGCCGGGAGCCUGGGUGCCAGCCUCAUCCCCAUCUCCUCUGAGCUCUGCUACCGCCUGGGGGCUUGCCAGAUUGCCAUGUGUGGCACAGGCAUGCAGAGGAGCACCCUGAGUGUCUCGCUGGAGCAGGCGGCCAUCCUGGCUCGGAGCCACGGGCUGCUCCCCAAGUGCAUCAUGCAGGCUACGGACAUCAUGCGGAAGCAGGGCCCCAGGGUGGAGAUUCUGGCCAAAAACCUGCGGGUCAAGGAUCAGAUGCCCCAGGGCGCACCUCGGCUGUACCGCCUCUGCCAGCCGCCCGUGGACGGAGACCUCUGA